GGCACAGGAUGCCCACGACCCAGGAGACCGACGGCUUCCAAGUCAAGCGCCCUGGCGACGUCAAUGUGAAAUGCACCCUGCUGCUCAUGCUGGAUCACCAGCCUCCGCAGUAUAAACUGGACCCUCGCCUGGCUCGCCUGCUGGGCGUCCACACCCAGACCCGGGCCAGCAUCAUGCAGGCCCUGUGGCUCUACAUCAAACACAACAAGCUGCAGGACAGUCACGAGAAGGAGUACAUCAACUGCAACCGCUACUUCCGCCAGAUCUUUAGCUGCAUUCGCAUGCGAUUCUCCGAGAUCCCCAUGAAGCUGGCAGGCCUGCUGCAGCAUCCGGAUCCCAUCAUCAUCAACCACAUGAUCAGCGUGGAUCCCAACGACCAGAAGAAGACGGCCUGCUACGACAUUGAUGUCGAGGUGGAUGACCCCUUGAAAGCUCAGAUGAGCAACUUCCUGGCCUCCACCACCAACCAGCAGGAAAUCGCCUCCCUGGAUACCAAGAUCCACGAGACCAUUGAGUCCAUCAACCAGCUGAAGACGCAGCGAGAUUUCAUGCUGAGCUUCAGCAACAACCCGCAGGACUUCAUUCAGGAAUGGAUCAAAUCCCAGAGGAGGGACCUCAAGAUCAUAACAGACGUGAUUGGGAACCCCGAGGAGGAGAGACGAGCCGACUUCUACCAUCAGCCUUGGGCGCAGGAGGCUGCGGGGAGGCACAUCUUUGCCAAGGUUCAGCAGCGCAGACAGGAACUGGAACAAGUGCUUGGGAUUCGCCUCACCUAAUGGGCUGGGCACGGCUCCGGGGCUUGGCGCUCUCCUUGAGUGCCUGAGCCUGACGGUACAUCUGACUGGAAUGAAAUACAGCACUUGCACAAAGCUCUGAGCCUCUAGUGUCCCCAGGGGCUCCCAGCCCUGCGGCUUCUCUGAAUCGGCGCUCGCCGAAGGCACGGGGUGCAGCCUCUGCCUUUUCCCUGCCCCUUUACUGCAUUACUGGCCUAGCUUGCUGCCUUCGCGCCUCUCCCCGUAGUGUUCAUUGCAGGCUCGGUGCUCCUCCCC